AUGUCAUCCAACGGGAAGCAGUGGCAGUGCCAGCUGGAGUCCCCAUCUGAGCGCCUGGCCUACCUGCGGAAUUCGGGCCACCUGUCGGAUCUCACCAUCACCUUCCCCGGCAAUUCUACCGUCAUACAGGCCCACCGCUUGUUGCUCGCCAUGAGUUCGCCAGUGUUCGAGGCCAUGCUGUACGGGCCGCUUGCAGAGGGCGACGAACUAGUACUUCCCGAUGACCCACCUGAGGCCUUCGAAUGGCUCCUCAACCAUCUGUACUUGAACGAUACCCAGCUGCCGCACGCCGGUCUCACCACAAAGGUCUACAUGUUGGCCUCCAAGUACCAGCUGGACAGUGUCUGCAAGAUCUGCUCAAAGGUCUUGACAAAUACUGUCAAUGCAGAGAAUUUCCCAGAUAUAUUUCAGAUCGCUAUACUCAUGGAAGAUCAGCCACUCCUCAUGAGGUGUGCAAACAUUCUGGAAAUUCAAACUGACCAAGUGCUAAAGUCCACUCGAAUGGGAGCACUCGAACCCCACGCCCUCGUCCAAAUACUGACCCACAAGGAACUCUCACCCUCAACAGAAGUUCAGGUGUUCCACGCUCUUAUCGGAUGGGGGAAGGCCCAGCUGGCCACUGCAUCUGAAGAAGCCGCUGCAGCAGACGGAGCCUCCAGCAUAAAAGGGCCCCCGGCGAAGGAUGUGAACGGCGUCCAGAAGGCAGACGACAAGGGGAGGGACACUUGCCCAAUAAAAGAAUGCCAGUCAGAGGAAGAGGGAACCACCGCGCUGAGGAAUGUCGUGAAGGAAUUCCUCCCUCACAUCAGGUUCCUCACCUUGUCGGCGGAUGAGUUCGUGGUGCACGUUAUCCCUACGCGCAUCUUCACGAGCGACGAGGCGGUAAGCGUGCUCAUGAACAUCAAGUCCUUGGCAGGCACGCCGCUUCCUCCCAUAGCCCCGUGCACUUCCCGGGAGAAAAGAUACAAUACGCGCAAUACUAUUUACUACUAUAGGUGAAUCACUUACCUACAGGUAGAGGAGUUGCCUUUCAGAACGUAAAAUCAGAAGGGACUUGUGUUCGUUAUCCUUCAAUUGCGGUUUC